GAGGAAUGGGUUAAGGAUUUCUCUCUAUUAUGGGGAGAUGGAAGAAUUCAUCAUCCGCAGCUAUGCAGUGUUCUGAGCAGAGAGGAUGAUCUAACUCGGAGCUGGAGCUACUUUCUCUGAACCUUGUUGGAAGUUUGUUGCAGCUAAGAUGUUCACUUUCCUCACGAGGAAGAUGAACGUGUACCCUGAGCUCUACUGCCUCCUCUUAAAUAUCUGUUAUUGUGUCACAGCUUGGCCUCAUGCUCCUGCGGGGGACAACUGUCCGAGCGCCGAGUGGAACGUCAUGUGUCGUCCGUGUUGUGAGUACCACCUGAUCCAGUGCCGCUGUCCGUCCAAAGGGUCGAGGGUAGGGUACACUGUCCCCUGCUGCCGCAACGCCCUGGAUCAGUGUGACCCCUGUAUCAUCCACCCAGGCUGCAGCCUGUUUGAGAACUGUAGAACCUGCCACAACGGAACCUGGAAGGCCAACGACGAUUUCUUCGUCAAUGGGAAGUUUUGCACCGAGUGUCGCCAGGGCUGGAGUGGAGGGGACUGCAAGACGUGUGGAGGCGUCAUCCAGCGAGCUCAGGGUCACGUAGCCCUGGAGAGUUACCCGACAAACGCCCGAUGUGAGUGGAGAGUGCAAGCGCAGAGGGGCAGAAGCAUCGAGCUCAGGUUUUCGCUGCUCAGUUUGGAGUCCGACCACAACUGUCGUUACGACUACGUCGAGGUGCGUGACGGCGACGACCUGAGCUCCCCUGUGAUUGGCCGGUUUUGCGGGGAUCGGCUGCCUCCACCGAUAAAAAGCUCCGGGAAUCUCCUGCACAUCCUGUUCACCUCAGAUGGCUACAACAACUUCGAUGGAUUUGUUCUCACUUAUCAGGAGAGUUCAGCCGCUGGUGAUCCGGUGUGUGCACCUCCAGAGGCACCGGUGAACGGAUACUGGCUGCCUGUGCACGGCCUCCACGAGAAGCUUGCGUCUGUGAAGUACCGAUGUCAUCCACCUUUCAUUCUCACCGGCUCCCAGCAGAGGAGCUGUCUGCCUGAUGGCAUGUGGAGUGGCACCGCUCCCACAUGUGUGAGAGACCAAACCAGCCGAGUCCAGUGCGCCCCUCCUCCUAAAUUGCUCAAUGGCUUCUACAGGCCGGCUCAGGACACAGCAGGGGGUGCGGGGGCGGAGACGAUGGAGUUUUUCUGUAAAAACACUUUCGUGCUGAUCGGAAACCACCAGAGCACCUGCCUCUCUAAUGGAUCCUGGAGCAGCAGGCCACCAAAGUGUGUGAGAGCCUGUCGAGAGCCCAAAGUGUCCGAACUUGUGCGACACGGUGUUGUGAAGCCGCAUCUGUCGUCAAGAGAGAAUCCAAACCUGCGGCUGCAGCUCUCAUCCAGGUUCAACAUCCACGAUCUGUCGUCCGCCGGGUUCAUCCCACCAACACUGGGCCGACUGUCCGCCAUAGACAGACAUGACGGCGCUUCGGAUGAGCUUCCUCGUGGCUUUCACUCUGUCCACACGAGCAUCGAGUACAAGUGUGCUUCGCCUCUCUACCGCCACACGGGGAGCUCCCGUCGCACCUGUCUGAAGACCGGCAGGUGGAGCGGGCGUCACGUCUCCUGCUCGCCAGUUUGUGGCAAAUUCGACACUUUCAGUCCUCGCAACCUCUCAGACACUCAGUGGCCGUGGCACGCAGCCGUCUACAUCCGCUCGCCUCCUGAUGGUACAGCCCGCGGCCACAGGCCCCAUGGAGCGAGCGGCAGACGGGAGGCCUCAGAGGAGUCCACGUUCUGGCUCCUGGCCUGCAGCGGGGCUCUGCUCGCCCAGCGCAGCGUCCUGGUGGCAGCUCAGUGUGUGGUGGACAAGGACAAGCAGCAGCCGUUUCACCCUGCGCACGUGAAGGUUGUCAUAGGCGUGCUGCACCAGGCGUCCAGGGCUCAGACGAAAAGCCAGCACCACCUCAGGGUUUCAGAUAUUUUAGUCCAUCCAAACUUUUACUUCACCCCGGACGCCACCGUGGCCGUGCUCAAGCUGAAAGACAAGGCCAAGAUCAGCGAGCGCGUGCUGCCGGUGUGUCUACCCAGAAUGCACGGAGGAGAGGUGACGGUGCGGGAGGCUUACACCGCGAGAUGGAUUCUACCGAACAAUCACAGGCACCUGAGCAGCUACGCCGCCUCGAGCCAAACGGAGCUUGUUGAGUUGAGUGAUGUGGCUCAUUGUGAAAAAGAAUUUGCUCAGGGAGGAGCACGUACCGCAGCGAUUAGUGACAGCGCGCUGUGUGUCGUCAAGAGGCCAUCCAGUCCUGAAAGCCCUUGUCCCGGUGCUGUUCCAGGCCUCACAACCCUGCCAGCUGUGUUUCCACCCACGGGUCGAGUCUUGUCGGGUCAAGAGGAGACUCUGGGAGCCUCCAGCAGCUCGGGCUGGCAGCUGCUCGCUUUGGAGGGUUUCAGCUACGAGGAAAACAACUGCCACCGACAGACUCACACAGCUCAGACACGAGUUGGCAGUUUUCAAGACUGGAUAGAGAAAAACCUGAAUUGAAUAAUAUCACGUGCAGCUAAUUUUUAUUCUGUUUAUUUUGUCUCACUAGUUCUGUAUUUGGGUCACCUCCACUUCAGACAUAGGCGUGUUAAGGUGCACAUCCACAUUCUCACACCUUAUGGGUACGUGGCUUAUUUUUCACAAUUAAUUUUGUGGAUAAUCUUCUUCAGAAAAUAAAUUCUGACAGUUGU